AUGGCGUCGAAGGCUUUGGAGAUCGAGUUGAGGAGACCCGCGUCCGCGUCGCGGGGCGGCGCGCGGGGCCACCGGCGCGACGGCGUGCUGCGCGUGGCCUUUGCGUCGACGGCGGAGCGGGACGCCUGCUGGAAGGCGCUCAAGUCGCGGCCCGAGCUCGCGGCCGCGUGCGUCGACGACCGGCUGCUCUCCGACGCGACGCGCGCGUGGCAGACGAAGGAGCUCGACAACUUCUCCUACCUGGCGCUCCUGAACCAGGUCGCGGACCGGUCCCUGCACGACCUGAGCCAGUACCCCGUCUUCCCCUGGGUCGUCGCGGACUACGAGUCGGAGCGCCUCGAUUUGGACGAUCCGAAGACGUUCCGCGAUUUGACCAAGCCCGUGGGCGCGCUCUGCCCGCGGCGCCUGGCGAACUUCCGGGAGCGCUACGCGCACAUGCCCGGCCCCGAGGACGCGCCGUUCCUCUACGGGACGCACUACUCGACGCCGGGCUACGUGCUCUUCUUCUUGGUGCGCUGCGUGCCCGAGUACAUGCUCUGCCUGCAGAACGGCAAGUUCGACGCCGCGGACCGCAUGUUCGACUCCGUGCGGGACGCGUGGACGUCCGUGCGCUCGGCGUCGACGGAUUUGAAGGAGCUCAUCCCCGAGUUCUACGACGGCGACGGCGAGUUUUUAGUGAACGGCCGCAACGUGCCCCUGGGCGUGACCCAGGCGGGGGAGCGGUUGGGGGACGUGAAGCUGCCGCCGUGGGCGAGGAACCCCGCGGAUUUCGUGAAGCGGUGCCGCGCGGCGUUGGAGUCGGACUACGUGUCCGCGCGGCUGCACCACUGGAUCGAUCUCGUCUUCGGGUGCAAGCAGCGGUCCAUCGACGACGACAACGUGUUCCAUCCGCUGACCUACGAGGGGACCGUGGAUUUAGAUAAGGUGGGCGAGGAGCGCGAGCGGACGGCGUUGGAGUUGCAGAUCGACGAGUUCGGCCAGACGCCGCGGAAGCUCUUUUUCGCGCCCCACGUGCGCCGC